AUGGAUCUUAAGAAAGAAGAGGAGAAGGAGAAGCGACAAAAACCUACAAGCUUCACAUAUAAUGCAGACAGAGUAGUUGGAAAUGGAUCGUUUGGAGUUGUUUUCCAGGCUAGUGUCGCUGAAACUGGAGAAGUAGUUGCGAUCAAGAAGGUCUACUAAGAUAAGAGAUAUAAAAAUAGAGAGUUGUAAAUCAUGAAGGAGUUAUAUCAUCCUAAUGUUAUUACACUUAAACAUGCUUUUUAUACUCAAGGAGACAAACCUGAUGAAAUAUACUUGAAUGUUGUCAUGGAUUAUAUUCCUGAGACCGUUUACAGAGUUCUUAAACAUUACAACAAAAUGAAACAGCAAGUCCCAGUUCUCCUUGUAAAAUUAUAUGCCUAUCAGUCAUUCAGAGCACUAGCUUAUAUUCAUGCUCUAGGCAUUGUGCAUAGAGAUAUUAAACCUCAGAAUUUACUAGUUGAUCCAACAAAUCACAUUCUGAAAUUGUGUGAUUUUGGUUCAGCCAAAAGAAUCGCUAAGGGAGAGGUUAAUGUUUCGUACAUAUGCUCAAGAUACUAUAGAGCUCCAGAGUUAAUUUUCGGAGCUACUGAUUAUUCAGCUGCUAUUGAUGUAUGGUCAUGUGGUAGUGUGAUUGCCGAACUACUCCUAGGACAGCCAUUAUUCCCAGGUGAAUCAGGAGUGGACUAAUUGGUAGAAAUCAUUAAAGUAUUAGGAACUCCAACUAGAGAUCAAAUUCACAGUAUGAAUCCAAACUACUCUGAGUUUAAAUUCCCAUAAAUAAAGGCACACCCCUGGAAUAAAGUCUUCAGAUCAAGGACACCUCCAGAUGCAAUAGACUUGAUAUCUAAAAUCCUCGUCUAUAACCCAGAGAGAAGACUCAAGCCACUUGAAGCUCUCCUACAUCCCUUCUUUGAUGAGCUCAGAGAUAAAAAUACUAAGCUACCUACCGGAAACUAAUUACCUGAUUUAUUCGACUUCUCUAAAGAGGAAAUCACCUCAACGUCACCGGAGAUCAUAGAACAACUUAUACCCAGCUGGUACAAGAAGAAGUGA